GAACGCUGCUCUAAUUUCACUACCGCUGCUCACCGGAACUAUCCGGGUGCAUCCUAUGAACAUAAGUAUUCUGCAGUGAAGAUGGCGUCGGAGAAAUCAGCCACUUCAGAGUGGAUUCAGUUCUUCAAAGAAGCUGGGAUCCCACCUAGUCUGGCUAUUAACUAUGCAGUGUCCUUUGUGGAUAACAGGAUACAAAAGAACAUGCUAAUGGAUCUCAGCAAGGAUAUCAUGAUGGACCUGGGAAUCACAGUCAUUGGAGAUAUUAUUGCCAUUCUCAAACACGCCAAGUUAGUCUACAGGCAGGAUAUGUGCAAGAUGGCCACUGAGGCCAUUAGCUCUGGACAGACCAGCAUUCAGGCUGAGCUGAGACGCACUGCGAACACUCCUGCCACGCGCAUGAUAGCCAGUGCCCUAAGCCGGGAUUCGCCACCAAGCACUCCUGCCCAGUGGCCGAGUGAGAACCGGCUCUCUGUGACUGUCUCCAACAAGGGUGCCAAAGGAAGUACGGCGUCGAGUGAGCCGGCGGCAGAGGGAGGGAAUGGCCUGCUGGUGAAGCGCCGGCGUGUCACUGCUGAAAUGGAGGGCAAGUACAUCAUAAACAUGCCAAAGGGAACAACCCCACGCACCCGACGCAUCCUUGGCCAGCAGACCAAGAAAGAGAAGGGCUUGAAGCGUACCUCUGUGUUUGCCAGACUCGGGGCGGAGUCCAAGGCCGAUACUACCUCCACAGUUGCUGCUAAAGUGAGCAAGCCCUCGGGUGUGUUUAGUCGGUUGGGCGGUGGCCAGGAGGAUCCCGGCUGGCAGAGAGAUGCGCCUAAACCAACUGCUGCUGCUGCUGAGGAGGAGGCGGAUAGCGAUGGAGAAGGCUCUGUGCUCCAGUACGCGGGUGUGCUCAAACGAUCUCACCCCUCCACAAAGAAAGAACCAGCUGCUAUCAAACCAGUCGUUAUCAAACCAGCCUCUUUUGCCCUGAGCAGGCUGGGCAAGAAGGUGAAGAUGCCCUCCAUCGAGCCCCCUCCUCCACUCCCUUCGUCUACCUCCUCUACUCACGAAGGGGGUCCCAAACGGAGCAUACUGCAAAGACUGGGAAAGGCCCCUAACAGUGGCUCCAUUUCCCUCAGUGCCUCGGCCACCCCGCUGCUCUCUGACGCUUUGCCCUUGGCUAGCCCAAAGGUCAGCAGCAGCACAAGUGCUGCAGGCUCAGCUGACUGCCCCAAUGCCCAGAUGGAUGCUGAGGUGGUCAGUGUUUUUAAGAGACUAGGCAGUAAGAAGACCUAAGUAUACACAUUAAAAAAAAAAAAUUCCACCACCUCUACUGACCUCAUGUUACACAGCAAGACACUUUUGGGGUAUAGUUUCACUUUCAAACAUUCAGUUGCCAUACUUGAAAUCUGAUAAAAUAGGGGAAAAAAAUAUAUGGUGUGUUUUUUGACAUCCCUGUAUUGGCAAGCUAAUUGGUAAACUAAUUCACGGACCUGUGCUAUGAUGGUGUGGAGUAUGCAGCCCAUACUAGCACCUGAUACCUGAUAGAUGAUUACCCUGAUUUAUCCCUAAAAUCCCUUCUAAAGCAUGUCAUAUGCCAGCUCCAAUCUAGCCUCUUUUCUGACAUAAUUAUUGGGUAAUUUGCAUCCAUGUUUAAACCUCUCCACUCCACGUGGACUAGCUGGCUGAGGGCUAGUAGACUCUUAGAUGGCUUACGUCUUUCUGGAAACCUAAAUUUACCAGCUGUCACAUAUUGUUGUCAUGUGUGUGGACCAGAGCCCAAUACCUUUGUUAUUUUCACAGAGUGUAGAAUGCUAACAUUGCAUGCUUAUUUUCCUUUGCCAUCCUUGCAUCAAUCAAGAAAUGCAUAUCUGUGUCCAAGUGCCACUCCCAGAGGCUUCUCUGGUCGCUAUGUUCAGUUCCUCCGUUAACUGUGUGCUUAUUGUUGUGUUCAUUUUUUUUCCUCCAGUGCUCACUGCUGCCCCUAAGGGCUUCCACUGGUUUUUUUGUGGCCAAUGUAAGGGUUUUUUUUUUUUUUUUUUUUUUUUUUCUUUUUUUUCUUCACACACACAAAUGGCACAAAGGAUACAUAGCCAGAUACCAGUUAGCCCAUGUAUUUAAGAGCAUUUUGCCACUGCACAAAUAUCAGAUACAAGAUCUUUGAUACCUGAAAACUGGAAGAUUUUGUUUCACUGACCAAUAGCCCAGUAAUCAAAAGUACCAUUUCAGGUUUGGUACUGUACUGUAACGUGGUUGUGGGGCCAGAAGCACUGUGUGAUACUGAUUACUGGCAUAUCCUGUUGCGCAAUAUUCCAUUCUAUCUUGGCUAUAGAGAGACGGAACCUUCAUACCAGAGGCUCUCGAUCCUUGGGCCUCCAGCUCUGCAUAUUUAACAUCUUUCCCUGGCUGAGCUCAGCAGUAGCACUCGUGAUUAGCUGAACACAUUUGAUUUGGCUAAUUAAGUGCAUUGCAAUCACACUGAUUUCAGUCAGCUGAGCUGCAGGAAGACAUUGACAGAUUUUUAGUUCAGAGGGACCCCAGGAGUAAUAUUGAGACCUCGUUUUCCCAUUUAUUUUGUUCAACUACGUAAGUAAUAAUUUUUAUUCAGAGGCAUUGUCAAACAUUUUAUGCUAAGGCAUUGUCAUUCAUACAGAGAAAUAGCAUAUGUUUGUCCAAUCACUAUAAUGCUAAUUACCCUUAGCACACACGCUAUAUUAGGAAAAGCUGUUGGUACAGCUAUGACAUUUUUUUAUGUAGUAUUGGCGCUAAUUUCUGCUCGCACAUUUAUGGGAUUCUUUUUAUGUUGCAUAAAUAUGAUCUGCCGCUCACUGUUCUCAGUGUGUCUUAUUGGAAAGUGAACAAGAACUAGACCACGAGCAACCACUGGCUCUUGUUUAAGCUAGUUCUUGCUUUAAAGUGCAGUUGAAGACUGACCCAAGGGUUAACAUAUUUUGUUUUGUGCUUUAUUUCAAUUUUAUUUUAUUGUUUUUAUUCUAUUGGUAGACCUCUGCCAUAUUUUUAAAUGUCAAAACAAAAGAAUUGUGUAGCAGUGUUUUUGGUAUUUUAUAAAAAAAAAAAUCAUGGAUCAAACCGCCUGAUGUAUAAAUUGUAGAUAAAAUCUGCCCUGGCCUUUUUUGUAAUUAUGUCUCAUAUUAUUGUUAAACAGUUUCUUUGGACAUUGAA